UGUUACCGUGGAAACCAAGCGAAACAACUGCUGCUUUGAGUGUUUUUCAAACCUUUGUUUUAACUGCAAUGUGCAUAUUGAGCUGUGCUUUGAUUAUCUUAAAGUUAAUUUAAAGUAUUGAAUUCCAUAAUGGGUAGCGAUUACUACGAGACUCUGGAAAUAAACAGAAAUGCAACAGAUGCAGAUAUUAAAAAGGCAUAUCGACGACUGGGAUUGAAGUUUCAUCCAAGCAGGAACAGAGACACAGGAAGCAGCGAGACAUUCAGUCAGCUGGGGGAAGCCUACGAUGUGCUGAGCGACCCUCGAAAAAAGGCAACCUAUGACAAGUUUGGUGAGGAGGGUCUCAAAGGGGGCAUCCCACCUGAGUUUGGCUGCAGCGGGGCUUGGUCAUCUAAAUAUGCAUACCAUGGGAACCCAGACAAAACCUUCAGGGAGUUCUUUGGAGGCGACAACCCAUUUGCAGACUUCUUUACAAACGAUGCACCACUUCAGUUUGGCGGCCUGCGAUCAGUAGUGGUGAAGACACAAGACUCUCACAUUGAGAGGGACCUGCAUCUCUCCCUGGAUGAUCUUUACCACGGUUGCACAAAAAAGAUAAAGAUUUCUCGCAGGGUUAUGAAUGAAGAUGGAUGCACAUCCAGUAUCAAGGACAAGAUCCUGACUAUUGAUGUGAAGCCUGGAUGGAAAAAAGGCAUGAAAAUAAUUUUUGCCAAAGAAGGAGAUCAGGGACCAAACAGCAUCCCUGCAGAUAUUGUGUUCAUAGUGCGACAGAAGAGCCAUCCUCUGUUUGAAAGAGAUCAAAAUGACCUCAUCUACAAGGCCCAGAUCACUCUGGAGAUGGCCUUGACUGGGUUCUCUGUGGAUGUGGAGACACUAGACAGCAGGCUAAUUACUAUUCCUAUCAAUGACAUUGUACACCCUUCGUACAACAAAGUGGUGAGUGGAGAGGGAAUGCCGCUGUCCCAGGAUCCUUCUCAGAGAGGGAACCUCAUCCUUACUUUUGACAUCCAGUUUCCUGCGAAGCUCUCUGCCGAGAGGAAGCACCUGAUCAGACAAGCUCUUACUUUGAAAGACUGAUCCCAUUGUAGAACAUGUGUUGCUAUGCUGUGGCUGAUAAAUGUGGUCAUGAAGAGAAUUAUCAAGUAUAAGUAUCAUCAUUUGUACAAAACUUUGAGUUGAAA